AACCAAUAGAAAUAAAAUUAGAGUGUGCGAUAUUGUCACUUUACUAUCGAUUUUGACGUGCCUUAUUUGUCAUUAUUCGAGUCUUUCUUCAUUAAUAUAUUUGUUAUUUGUCCGAUUUUUCCAUGGGCUACGAUAAGAGAAAAUCUCAGGCAUCAGCUACCGCUUAUGCCCUUCGUAAGGAGGACCGUUUCUUCGAGAUGAGGCUGCAGAUAAAUGAAGAGCAGAAGGCGGACAUCAGAGAAGCAUUCCAUAUUUUCGACGACGAUGGAGACGGGGUGGUGGACCUAGAAGGACUGAAAGUUACAUUCAGAGCGCUGGGGUUCGAUGUGAAAAAAUCUGACUUGAAGAAAUGGGUUUCCGAAGUGAAUCCUGCAGCUGAUUGGAAAUGUGACAAGAUUCCAUACCAAGAAUUUAUUGAAAUAAUUGAGAGGAAAAUGUGCGAGUACGAUACAAGAGAGGACGAAAUUAAAAUGUUCCGAAUUCUUGAUCACCAUGAUCGCGGCAAAAUCACUUUCACAGACCUCAAGAGAGUUGUCAAUAUCUUACAAUUGGAUGUUAACGAUGAAGAAAUAAUGGAAAUGUUGGAAAUGGGCAAGAGUGUUUCUGGAAGAAACGAGGUCAACCUAGACGAAUACAUUAUAGCGAUGAGAAGAAGCCCAGUAUGAAAGAGAAAUAUAAUGUCUUUAUUUUUAUGUAUAUUUUUAUACAUGUAUGAGCGAAGCAAGAUUAAAAUAAUUUUUGAUG